GCUACGUUGCCUAGAAUACACUACAAUCAUAAUGACUUUAUCCCACUUGUUACAUAAAUAGCCACUCUGCGCAGCAUUCCAUACAUUCCAAAUGCAUGUAAUAGGUGAAAACAACCUUUAGAACAGCUUUUUGGCCUGUGGUGUCAAAUAUGGACGAAGAGCCUGUCACAAAUCCGCCUUUGCUCCCUGAAAAAUCGAAGAAGCGUUACGAAACGACGUACAAACUGUUUAAAGAUUGGUGUCUGACGAAAAACAACGCUCCUGUUUCUGAAUCUCUCCUUUUGACUUACUUUCAGGAGAAGGGUUCGAUCCUGAAAUCUCCCUCCAGCAAAUGGUGUGAAUAUUCGAUACUGAAAACGACGAUUUUCAUAAAUGAGAACAUCGACAUUUCCAAGUAUUUGAAAUUGAGGGCUUUUUUAAAACGCCAAAAUGCGGGAUAUAAACCGAAAAAGUCGAACACUUUUAGUAGGGAAACAAUCAACCAGUUUCUGGAACAAGCACCAGACGAGAAAUAUCUACUCAUGAAGGUGGCGAUGCUGAUGGGAAUCACCGGUGCGUGUCGCAACCACGAAUUGUGCGACAUGAAAGUCGCAAAUGUGAAAGAAACGGGUGACGUCUUCAUUGUGACAAUCCCCGAUUCGAGCACGGGGAUGUCCCGAAUGUUUGUUCUCACCGACCAUUUGGAAAAAGUGCGCAAAUACAUCGAACUGCGAUCGAAGAUAACUGUCGAUUGUUCGCGAUUUUUCAUGCGAUAUCAUGAAGGACGAUGCUACAACCAACCAGUUGGUAUCAACACCUUUCUGGAGAUUCCCUCCCGGAUCGCCAAGUUCUUGAAUUUGGAAAACCCGGAAUGUUACACAGGACGGGCAUUUCGAAAGACUUCGGCCAUGUUGUCGGCCAACAUCGGGCUGGGUCGGUGGAAUCUGCCAUGUUUGACUGAGAAUUUCACAAGGGAUUCCCCGAUUAUUCAAAAUAGUGAAGCGGCUAAUCAAGUGAGACAUGUGGAUGUUCCUGAUCCGGUCGUUGAUGUCAAGGAAGAGAUGAUUAGUGAUAAUGAGGUGUCGAGUAUGGAGGAUAAAACAGUUUCCUACAAUAUAAAUGAUGCUGAAGUUGCGGGUUUAUCGACAAGUCGAUGUAAAGACGAAACUGUUAACGGGAGUGAAUUUUCCAGUUCCGAUCAAAAUGUCAAAUUCACCAAAACGGAUAACUCCAAUGACAGUCCGGCGUUUGUUAUCAAUGUUAGUAAUUGUAGCAAUUGUAAUCUCACUGUAAAUAUAAAUUAUUAA